AGAACCCUAACCCCACUUUCUCCUUCCUCUGUCCGUCUUCUCUGCGGCGGCGUCAUGACGCUCCUUGCAGCAAUCACCAACCCCACGCCGGAAUCCGUCGCCGCCAAGGGCCACCCGCUCGUGCUCACCCCCGGGGCGCCGCCUCCGUCUGCGAAGUUCUCGGCGCUGCCCGCCCCGAUCCUACCCGAGACGUGGUCUCUCGCCCCCGCGGACCCGACCCUCGCCACCGCCGCCUCCUUCCUGGCGGCCUCCCUCUUAGGCGCGCCCCUCUCCGUCCAGAGAUUCCGCACCCUAGUCACCUCCUUCCUCGCCACGCUCUCGGAAUCCCUCUCCCUCCCGCGCCCCGCGGCCGCGGCGCUCCAGGAAGCCAUCCGCGCCGCCGCGCCCUACUUCCCCGCCACGCUCGCGCCGCUCGUCGCCUCCGCGGCGGCGGGCCUCGCGGAGCACGACGUGCUGCUCGCGCUCGCCGACGCCCGCGCCCUCCCGCACCCGCCGCCGGGCCUCCUGGCGGCGCUCUCCGACGCCGGCCGCCCCGACCUCGUCUGCGCCGUCCUCCGCCAGGCCGCCGACCUCCGCUCCUCCGAGCUCCUCGCCGCGCUCCGCUGCUUCCUCUCGCCGGCCUCCGACGAGGCCUACGACGCCAUGGUGGGCGUCAAGGGCCGGUGGAAGGACGCCGCCGUGCUCGCCGUUAACAAGUGCGUGGAUAAGGGUGCGGGGAAGAAGGCGAAGCCCACCGCGAGGCGUGCCGCGAUGCUGCUCAUGAUGGGGCACGACGGGUUCACCUCCCCUGAGGUGUGCCUGCACUACCUGUUUGCGUCCAGGAAUGUGGACUGCGUGGAGUCUGUGGUUCUUGCCGCGGCUGUGGCCGAGCUUGACGGCGUGGAGGUGGCCGGACUGAUGAGGUACCUCGCCAAGUGGAUAGGGAAGUACCGGAGGUUCCCGGAGGCCCAGGCUUGUCCAGAGGCAGCAGGAAUGCUGGGUUUGGAUCAGUGUGAAAGUGUGCCGUCGUUUGGGGCGAUGGCCAGGGCGAUGGGGCUGGUGUUGGACCAGCAUUUCUCCCACCUUGUGUUGAAUGCGGAGGUGCGGGACGAGUUGAGGGCGGCUGAGGAGAUGGUUAAAGAGCUGGCUGCCGAGGCCGAGUCUUCUGGUCCCAUCCUCGACUUGCUACGCCGUAUGCAGCAUGACGUGUAAGCGCUUAUAAUGUUUGUUACCUUUGGUAGUUCUGAUGCUGGUCUCUGGAAGUUUUGGUAGUGUGUAGCAGUCAUGAGCUCUGUGCUCUAGCAAAUUGUCGCCAUGUUGCUAAACUGUAGCUCCUUUUGUUGGCAUUUCAUAUAUGUAUCAGUAUCAGUUCAAUGAAUGAGUAAAAGCAAUGUUUUCACAUCCGAA